UAGCGGCUGCUGCUGUUGCUUCUACUGCUGGGAAGGAGAUGCUCUCACUGAACUGAAACUGCUGAGGAUUUUCUCACUAGGAUACCCAUUUGCAAGUGCUUCUGCCUGAGAAUCUACUGAUUCUGCUGCUCAUAGACUGACUGAGGGGUUCACCCCCGAAGAAGAAUAUUAAAAGAACUGUCCAUAUUGUUUUAGAAACAAAGCAUUUUCUCCCCCUGCAACAAGAGGAUGAGUGGGGGGCUGACGAGGAAGCAACCCACUCUGAAGAAUAUGCAUAUUUCUGAAGACACUCUGGAAACAGACAUCAGAGGAUUUGGAUCGUUGCUUUGUAACUGAUGCCCUUCUGGUUGACUCUGGCUUACAAUUCUAGAAUUUGGAAGAGCUGUGACCAUCAAUAUCAUGACUUAUGGUAGCUGGCAUCACACGAAAUUUCAGCAGUGACCAAGACAUGGUGAUGUCAAAGUGGGCGUAGUCUUCAUGACUGGAAAUAGAUUUGAUUUUCCUGAAGUAUUAAGCAGUCUGAAUGGGUGAAUGAGAUGAACUGUCUGGAUUCUACUAUCUGAAAAGCUAAGUUAUUCUCCCAGAGAAUUGUUCUAAAUGAGCCUGGCCAAGAUACUGGAUCUGUGUGAAGAGGACUAAGGAUACAAUAGGAUGUCAACUGAGACAGAACUUCAAGUGGCUGUUAAAACCAGCACAAAGAAAGACUCUAAGAAGAAAGGUCAGGAUCGCAGCGAAGCCACUUUAAUAAAAAGGUUUAAAGGCGACGGUGUUCGAUACAAAGCAAAACUGAUUGGGAUAGACGAGGUUUCUGCAGCACGAGGCGACAAGUUAUGCCAAGAUUCCAUGAUGAAAUUAAAGGGAAUUGUUGGUGCAGCUCGUUCAAAAGGGGAACACAAGCAGAAAAUAUUUCUAACCAUAUCUUUUGGAGGAAUCAAAAUCUUCGACGAGAAGACUGGACUACUACAGCACCAUCAUGCAGUUCAUGAAAUUUCAUACAUCGCAAAGGAUAUCACAGACCACCGGGCCUUUGGAUAUGUAUGUGGAAAGGAAGGGAAUCAUAGAUUUGUGGCAAUAAAAACAGCCCAGGCAGCAGAGCCUGUAAUUUUGGAUUUGCGAGACCUCUUUCAACUCAUUUAUGAACUGAAACAAAGGGAAGAGAUGGAGAAAAAGGCACAGAAAGAUAAACAGUGUGAACAAGCAGUAUAUCAGACAAUUUUGGAAGAAGAUGUAGAAGAUCCUGUUUACCAGUACAUUGUGUUUGAGGCUGGACACGAACCAAUCCGUGAGCCUGAAACCGAAGAAAACAUUUAUCAGGUUCCUACUAGCCAAAAGAAAGAAGGUGUUUAUGAUGUGCCAAAAAGUCAACCUGUAAGUCUGGAGAAUGGAAACCUGUUGUUGGACAUAGAUGAAAAUCUUGGUAGAGUCACUCAGGCUGUUACCCAACUAGAGCUGUUUGGUGACAUGUCCACUCCUCCCGACAUAACUUCUCCCCCUACUCCUGCAACUCCAGGAGAUGCCUUUAUCCCAUCUUCAUCCCAGUCACUUCCUUCUGGUGCAGACAUGUUUAGUUCUGUACCUUACAGCACUGCUGCCGUACCCUCAGGUUAUGUUGCAAUGGGAGCUGUCCUGCCCUCCUACUGGGGACAACAACCACUUGUUCAACAACCACUGGCCAUGGGUGCUCAGCCUCCAGUUGCUCAGGUGAUGCAAGGAGGACAGUCAAUUGCAUGGGGACAACCUGGGAUAUUUUCUCCCACCCAGCAACCAUGGCCAUCUGUAGCUGGUCAGUUUCAGCCUGCUGCCUUCAUGCCAACACAAACUGUUUUGCCUUUACAAGCAGCCAUGUUUCAAGGUACCGUUGCUCCCAUUGCUACUGUUCCACCUACAAGUGAUUCCACCAGAGCGAGUCCACAAACAGAUAGGCCUAGGCAAAAGGCAGGAAAAGAAAUAUUUAAAGAUUUCCAGAUGGCUCAGCCUCCUCCAGUGCCAUCACGAAAACCAGAUCAGCCUUCCCUCAGUUGUACCUCAGAGGCCUUCUCCAGUUACUUUAACAAAGUUGGGAUGGCACAGGAUGCAGAUGAUUGUGAUGACUUUGACAUCUCUCAGUUAAAUUUGACUCCUGUGACUUCUACAACACCAUCGACGAACUCACCUCCAACUCCUGCUCCUAGACAAAGUUCUCCAUCCAAAUCCUCAGCGUCUCAUACCAGUGACCCCGCUGCUGAUGACCUCUUUGAAGAGGGCUUUGAAAGUCCAAGCAAAAGCGAAGGACAGGAAGCGCCUGAUGGAUCUCAGGCCUCAUCCAACAGUGAUCCAUUUGGUGAGCCCAUUGGUGAAACUGUAAGUCCACAGGGCGAUAGCUAGAUAGCGCAGGUUGGGGAAAGAGAACCUCUCUACGCCCAGAUCAACAGACCUAAGAAAUAGCGUUGACCCACGCUUGUGGUGCUUCAAAAGAAAAACUGCAACCUUGCCAGGCCUUUGGCUCUCACAUUUUCUUUCAGUUGGUCACAGAGAAUCAAGGAUAAU